UAAUGCAAGGUCAUCAAAUAAUGCCGACCGCAAAUCUUAUUCAAUACGCUUUGCAGGUAAAUAUAAAAUUGAAAAAUAAAUCAACAAACACUGCAUGCGGAUCCGCAGCAGUCGUGUUUCGAUUCGGAAACAGAUACGUGCCGAACGUAGUGAACGAAAACGAGCACUCCAGAAUGGUCUUAGACCAGAGAAAGUCGGUUUGCUGAAUGGCUACUCUGCCACCAAACAAUGUUCAUUGCGUAGUAAUCUUGUAAUGUCCUAUCUCUUUUUUACAUUUGCAAAUGUAUCGCGUGUCAUUUUUUAAAAUACAUAUGAAUUCGGAUCGUUCGUUCACUGUCUACGCUCAACCAACAGGCAAAUUGAAGAAAUCGAAGGACGCACUUUCUAAGCAAUCAUUCCAACAUGUCGAAGCAUUUGGCUAAAGGUGAUCCGCUUCCGAAACUGUCGGACGAAAAAGCCACGGUGUUCUCCAUGUUGUUCUGUCCGUACGCUCAAAGAGUUAGACUGAUUUUGGAUUUGAAGGGGAUAGCUCACGAGGUUGUUAACGUUAAUUUGCGAAACAAACCAGGCUGGUUGUUAGACCUAAAUCCGAAAGGCCAGGUACCAAUUCUGCAUUACAAUGGACAAAUUAUCUGUGGUAGUUUGGAGAUUUGUAAAUAUUUGGACCAACAAUUUCCAAAUCCUUCACUGUUUAGGGGAUUCACUAUUGAGGAUGAGACGUUAUUAAAAAACAACUUGGAACCAUUUAUUACAAUAUAUUAUGAUGCAGUCUGGAAACGAAAUGGCAAAACUUUUAGAGAACAUAUUUCUGACAUGACUCCACAUAUUAAAAUGUUGGAGCAUUUAUUAAAACAACGUGGGAAAUUUUUUGGCGGGGAUUCAGCCAUUUUUACUGACUUCAUGAUAUGGCCGUGGGUGGAACGUUUAGGUGUUUUGGAAUUAACUUUUGCGGAAAAACUACCGCUCGACGAGUUUCCCGUUUUGGUAACAUGGUCUCAAAACAUGCAAAACAUAGAAUGUGUUAAGAAUGUGUUUAUCGAUCCAAUGAGACAUUUUAAAGCAACACAAUUUCAUUUCGACUCACCUGCAAAUUACGAUUCUGUUUAAUUACAAUUCAUUAUAAAAUUUACUUGUUCUUGUUAUUAAUUUUCUCAAUAAAAUCUGUAAGUUUGUUGAAACUUGUUGAAGUUUUAGUCAAAAACAGUAUUUCUAUUUAAAACAAAAACAAUUAAAAUGUGCUAGAUGUCGA